GACUUAAUCACAAUUAUAAUAAACGAAAACAUCGCUAUUUUGUUCGGCUCGCGAAGUGCUCCAUUUUGGUGUAUAGUUUGUGCAGUUUUUCCUGAAAAUGGAUCGAGAUCGCAACCGAAGGCGCGAUAGGUCGCGGUCCCGCGAGCGUCGUCGCAGUCGCAGCCGUGGCGACCGGAAACGCUCACGUUCCAGGUCUCCGUAUCGCAAGGGCCGAUGCCGACGCAGGAAGCCUUCUCUGUACUGGGAUGUUCCACCGCCAGGCUUCGAACACAUCACCCCGCUACAGUAUAAGGCCAUGCAGGCGACCGGGCAAAUUCCGGCCAAUAUCGUCGCGGAUACGCCUCAAGCGGCCGUACCGGUGGUUGGUUCGACCAUAACGCGACAGGCUCGGCGGCUGUACGUCGGAAACAUUCCGUUUGGCGUCACCGAAGAGGAGAUGAUGGAGUUUUUCAACCAGCAGAUGCAUCUGUCCGGUUUGGCCCAGGCCGCCGGCAAUCCGGUGCUGGCAUGUCAGAUCAAUUUGGAUAAGAAUUUCGCCUUCCUGGAGUUCCGAUCGAUUGAUGAAACGACCCAAGCGAUAGCCUUCGAUGGCAUCAAUUUCAAGGGGCAGAGCUUGAAGAUAAGGCGACCUCACGAUUACCAGCCCAUGCCUGGUAUGACCGAUUCGGCCGUAGUUUCUGUUCCAGAAAAAUUCUCCGGCGUGAUCAGCACGGUCGUGCCUGACUCCCCGCAUAAGAUCUUUAUCGGUGGUUUGCCGAACUAUUUGAACGAAGACCAGGUCAAGGAACUGCUACUCUCCUUCGGACAGCUGAAGGCCUUCAACUUGGUCAAGGAUGCUGCAACUGGUUUAAGCAAAGGCUACGCUUUCGCCGAAUAUGUGGACUACAGCAUUACCGAUCAGGCUACUGCAGGAUUGAACGGUAUGCAGCUGGGCGAUAAGAAACUCAUUGUACAAAGGGCUAGCGUUGGAGCCAAGAAUGCGAACGUUGCUGCUGUCGCUCCGGUGCAGAUUCAGGUGCCUGGUCUGUCGUUGGUCGGAUCAUCGGGACCACCGACGGAGGUGCUCUGUCUGCUGAACAUGGUCACUCCGGACGAGCUGAAGGACGAGGAAGAAUACGAAGAUAUUCUCGAGGAUAUUAAGGAGGAGUGCAACAAGUACGGCGUGGUCCGAAGCGUAGAGAUUCCCCGACCCAUCGAGGGUGUUGACGUGCCCGGCUGCGGUAAGGUGUUCAUCGAGUUCAACUCCAUUGUCGACUGUCAGAAAGCCCAGCAGGCCCUUACCGGCCGCAAGUUCAGUGAUCGUGUGGUGGUUACCUCCUACUUCGACCCGGAUAAGUACCAUCGUCGUGAGUUUUAAUUUUAUCACAUUUUGCGUGGGUC